CUUCAUUUUUAAUAAUGGGUGAAAGAAUACUAGUACCAUUGGUGCUUUUGUUCAAUUUUUUGUUGUCUGCAGUAGCACAAGAUGUUACCAAUGAUUUUAGAGCCCUAGAGUCUCUAAGGGAUUCCUGGCAGAGCACAACUCCUAGUUGGGUGGGUUCAGAUCCUUGCAAUGGUUGGGAUGGCAUUAAGUGCAAAAACUCACGUGUAAUUUCCAUAUCAUUACCAGGCACUGGUUUGACAGGCCAGCUUUCAGGAGAUAUUGGAUCACUUUCUGAAUUGGAGACUCUGGAUCUCUCAUACAAUAGGGACCUAACAGGACCACUUCCACAAGAAAUUGGAAAUUUGAAGAAGCUAUCAAAAUUAAUUCUUGUUGGUUGUGGUUUUACUGGUCCUAUUCCAGAUGAAAUAGGAUCCCUACAACAGCUUGUUUUCUUAUCUUUAAACUCCAACUACUUUGUUGGACCAAUUCCCCCAUCUAUUGGCAAUUUAUCAAAUCUUAUUUGGCUAGAUUUAACUGAUAAUCAGCUUGAUGGAUCCAUCCCAGUAUCUAGUCGAUCUACUCCUGGUCUUGAUAUGCUACUCACUACAAAGCACUUUCAUCUUGGGAAGAAUAAGCUCUCAGGGGAAAUUCCUUCUCAACUUUUUAGCUCAAAAAUGACUCUGAUACAUGUGAUUUUUGAGAGCAAUCAACUAAUUGGCAGCAUUCCAGAAACGCUUGGACUUGUUAAGAGUCUGGUGGUGGUGCGCUUGGAAAAGAAUUCAUUAGAUGGAUAUGUGCCUCAGAACCUCAACAACCUUACGAAUGUUACAGACCUGUUGUUGUCCAACAAUAAGCUGCAAGGUUCCCUGCCAAACCUUACAGGGAUGAACUCCCUAGAAUACUUGGAUUUGAGCAACAAUAACUUUGAUCCGUCAGGUUUUCCACCAUGGCUUUCAAAUAUGAAGAACUUAAGGACAUUGCUGAUGGAAAGUGUGAACCUUUAUGGGAAAAUUCCUGUUCCUUUGUUUAGUCUUGCCUAUUUGGAAAAUGUUGUGCUAAAAAGCAACAAACUUGAUGGAACCUUGGAUAUUGGCACCAACUACAGCAAACAACUGCAACUUAUUGACCUGCAAUCAAAUUCAAUUGAAGACUUCAAGCAACAAAAUGAAUUCCCCAAUAUCACGAUAAUACUUGUGUACAACCCAAUUUGUGAUGAAACAGGAGCUACUGGGACUUACUGCACCAAGCAAAAUACCUUAGAUACAAAACAACAGAAGAACUGUCUGGCUGACAUUUGCAGUUCAAAUCAGAUUCUCAGUCCCAAGUGCAAAUGCGCAUAUCCAUAUACAGGAACUUUAACUUUCAGAUCACCUUCUUUGUUUGCCUGGAGAAAUAAAUCUUCCUUGGAGGAAGAUCUUUUCCAUGCUUUUCAAUCCCUUCACCUACCAGUGGAUUCAGUUUCUUUAAUCAUUCCUCCUGAAGAUCCAUUUCAAUCUUUUGAGUUUAUCAUACAAAUCUUCCCAUUAGGCCAAGAUCAUUUCAACCAGCAAGAAAUUUCUAGUAUAAGCUCUUUGCUUGGCAACCUAAGUACUAAUAGACCAUAUACUUUUGUUACUGAAAACCAAGGACCUAAGGAGUCGAGUAACUCAUCAAACAUUGCCUUAAUUAUUGUUGCGGCUAUUGGUGGUUCUUCUUUCCUGCUAGUGUUAUUACUAGCAGGUGUUUAUGCUUUCCGCCAGAAGAGAAGGGCUGAAAGAGCAAUUUCUCUAAGCAAUCCUUUUGGAAACUGGGAUCCAAAUAAAAGCAACUGCGGCAUCCCUCAGUUAAAAGCAACAAGGCAGUUCUCUUUUAAAGAACUUAAGAAAUACACAAACAACUUUUCACAAGCCAAUGAUAUUGGAUCAGGGGGUUAUGGAAAGGUUUACCGUGGAACUCUUCCCUGUGGGCAACUGAUAGCCAUAAAACGAGCUCAAAAAGGAUCAAAGCAGGGGGUGCUAGAAUUUAAAGCUGAGAUUGAACUCCUUUCAAGGGUCCACCACAAGAAUGUGGUAAGCCUUGUGGGAUUCUGCUUUGAACGAGAAGAACAAAUGCUGGUUUACGAGUUUGUUCCAAAUGGAACUUUGAAGGAUUUCAUCUCAGGGACAUCAGGAUAUGUAUUGGGCUGGAGUAGAAGGCUAAAAGUAGCACUUGGUGCUGCUUGGGGUUUGGCUUAUCUUCAUGGACAUGCCAAUCCUCCUAUUAUACACAGGGAUAUCAAAUCAAACAACAUUCUGUUGGAUGAGAACUUUAAUGCAAAAGUCGCUGAUUUUGGUCUCUCCAAGUCUAUCUUAGAUUGUGAAAAAGAUCAUGUCACCACUCAAGUUAAAGGAACAAUGGGCUACUUGGAUCCGGAUUAUUAUUCUAGUCAGCAGUUGACUGAAAAGAGCGAUGUUUAUAGUUUUGGAGUGAUAAUGCUGGAGCUGAUAACUGCAAAAAAGCCAAUAGAGCGAGGGAAAUACAUUGUGAAAGUGGUCAGGAAUGCAAUUGAUAAGACAAAAGACUUUUAUGGUCUUCAUGAACUUAUUGACCCAACCAUCGGUUCAGGAUCAACAAUGAAAGGUUUUGAGAAGUUUGUGGACCUUGCAAUGAAGUGUGUUGAAGAGUCAGGAGCUGACAGGCCUACAAUGAGUGAUGUGGUUAAAGAAAUUGAAGACAUGUUGCAGUCUGCUGGUUUGAACUCAACAUCUGAACCAGAAGUAUCUACUUCAUCUAUUUAUAAAUGUUAUGAGGUAAGUAUGGGGAGUCCCCACCAUCCUUACAGCAAUGAGUCCUUUGAUUCAAGUACAGAACAUUUGCAUCCAAAAAAUGAGCCUAGUUAAGUCUUCUUCUCAAGAUAGAAGUCAAGAGAAGCUCAUUUAUCAAGCAUUUCUUGGCCAAAACACAGCAAAGUUGAAGUAGAAGAGUUUAUAGCUGUUAACUCACGAGUAAAAAUGGUCCACAUUUCCUUGACUGUCAUUUUUUUUUUCUAUGUUUCUGUAUAAAGCAGUGUAUUGUAUGCCGAAUAUCAGUUUUGAUAUAGAAUUUGUAGAACGUAAACGGUUAUGUUUUUCAUGACAUUAUUUUGUUAUAAAUUUCAAUAUAUGCUUGGUAUCUAGUGGUACUA